AUGGCCUCUCGCUACCGACUCUUCUACGAGACGGUGGUGCGUCCCGAGCUGCUCGCCAAGUUCCAGUACAAGAAUGUGCACAUGGUGCCGCGCGUGGAGAAGGUGACGGUCAGCGUCGCGACACGGCUGCGGCCGAGCGGGCUCGACAACCCGAUCGCGGCCGCCUUCAUGCUCGAGCUGAUAACGGGGCAGCAGGCAAAGUUUACGCGGAUCCGGAAGGCCAACGCGCGGUACAAGACGCGCGAGGGCCUCCUCGAGGGCGCCAAGGUUGCGCUGCGCGGCGACAGCAUGUACCACUUCAUGGACCGACUCGUGACGCAGGUGCUGCCUCGGAUCACCGACUUUGAGGGGCUGGACCGCAAGUCCUUUGACCACGACGGCGGCUACACGCUCGGCAUCCGCGACUGGAGCACCUUCCUCGAGUUCGAGUCGCAGCACGAGAACCUGUCGAACCUCAACGUGCAGCAGACGCCCGGCCUGGGAGUGCAGGCUCCGAGCGAGGAGGAGGCGUUCUUGCUGCUCUCGGCGCUGCGGUUUCCAUUCAGACAAUGA